GCACGAGCCUGCGUUCCCUCAGUGUGAGUCUUGCCUCAGCCGCGGUGGGGGUCUGGGCCGCGGGCAGCGUCCGGAGCCCGCCCCGAGGCGGCGGUGGAUCCCGGGCACCGCCGCAGCGCGGUGUACCUUGCUCCCUCCCUCACCGUGAAUACAAUCUGUCUCCUAAUGACCCCAUGAGAAGCUUUGCUGAAGUCCCCUUCAUCCAAUCCAAGCACGGCCCCAGUCAGUGCACAGAACAAACCGUCCGGAUCUGCUCUGGUGUCUCAACACGUUGUCUGCGCUCUCCCUCUCUGAGGAUGACAGCUUUGGAGUUAAAACUGUAAAUAAGCCUGAAACUGGCUUUGUGAGCAAUUGUGAGGCCUUGGGCAUCACAUCCUGCCAGUCAGAAAGAAAGACAUUCCUCUUUUCAAUGUGUCAUGGAAAAAGCAGAGAGGAAGGGAUUCUGCUGCAAAGAUAAGACUAUUAAGGAGCCCCUGAGUCCCCAGGCCGGAGGGGCAUCCCCUCACCCAGAGGUGCCUGGGGACACCUGCAAAAGGACACCCUAUAGAGCUCUGGGCGAGUGGCGUGAGCUCCAUUGGCGCUGCGCCCUGGUGCUGGCGGUGCUCGUGGCCCUGGUCAUGGCUCUGUGCGUGGCUGUUGCUGCAGUGUCAGGAAAGCCUAAAGGGAAUCCACCUCUGCCGGCGGCUCUAGCGCUGGCCUGUCCUGACGGCUGGGUUGGGUACCAGAGGGUCUGCUACUAUCUCUCACCGAGGGAGGGCAGCUGGGAGCAGGGCCAGGAAACGUGCUCCUCACUCGGGGCCUCGCUGGCUGUGCUGAAGAGGCCGUGGGAACUGGAGUUUCUCCGGCGCCUCAAGGGUAAUGCUGAUUACUGGCUCGGGCUGCGGAGACGGGGCGAGCGGCUGGAGUGGGUGGAUGGCAGCAGCCUCAACGAGACGAUCCCAGUGUGGGGCCAAGGAGAGUGUGUGUAUUUGAACGACCAUGCUUUUGGGAGCACCAGCUGCUCGCAGCAGCGGCCUUAUCUCUGCAGCAAGCCCCAAGCAGUGAUCGCAGGAUCACGGAAUCACAGAAUUACAGAAUUGGAGAAUCACAGAAUCAUAAAAUCAUAGGCUGGUGGGGGUUGGAAGGGACCUCUGGGGACGAUCCCGUCCCACCCCCCGGCUUGAGCAGGGACACCCCGAGCCGGGGGCACAGGACCGCGUCCAGGCGGGGUGUGAAUGUCUCUAGGGAAGGGACCCCACAGCAGCCCUUGGGUUGCACCCAAUGAUGCUGGUUUUCUACUAAUUUUAUUAAAAUAGUCAAAGCUA